UGACCAGACAUAUUUGGAAACAUCAACACUUACAACCCCAUUGAGACAUAUAUCAUGUCGUCACGAGCUGGGACCACCCUUUACGUUACUGGGUUUGGGCACGGAACUCGAGCUCGCGACCUGGCUUACGAAUUCGAACGUUACGGGCGCCUUGUACGCUGUGACAUCCCCGCGCCGCGCACCCCUUCCAGUCGACUGUUUGCGUUUGUGGAAUAUGAGAGCCGUCGCGAUGCGGAUGAUGCGUACCAUGAGAUGCACAACAAGCGCAUCGGUCGCGAUGACCUGUUAAAGAUUGAAUGGGCCCGGACUCCCCCAUCUGCCUCUUGGAGAUUUGAUUCCGGACGUGACCGUCGACGUGAUCGUACACCACCUAGACGUGGGCGUUCUCCUUCGCCACGACGAUCUCGUGGCGGCGAGUACUCUCCUCGUAAAGAAGAUAGGUACGAUCGGGAAUAUGACCGACAUGAUCGGGACUACGAGCGUCGCGAUCGGGACUAUGAGCGCCGUGACCGGGAUUAUGACCGCCGUGAUCGUGAGCGUUCCCGUGACCGAUCUCGAAGCCCAGAUGAUAGAGACCGUGAUGGCAAGGAUGAUAGGGAACGCCGUGACGAUGAGCGGGAGAGACGUGAUGAGGAGCAUGAAACCACUACUAAUGGUGAAGACCGAAAAGUUCCUCUGGAUCCUCUUGCUUCCGCGCAUGAUGAUCUGGACACCGCUGAGUAACUUAUUCAACCCACAGCACAAUAACUCCAGUAUUGUAUUAUCAGUGUCAGGAAAUGAGCCUACGCCUGCUACUCCAUUGUCAGGAAUAACGAACUGAACAAGAUACAGUGAAAUAUGACUCUUGAACAGGUUUCAUUUCAGCCGGUACCUCAUCACAAUACCAGAUCCAUCCUCCCGUCUCCACUGAAUUGUUUGUCUUGCAGCUUUAUUUGAUUUCUUCUGCUUUUUUGUCCCUGCGGCUGCCGAUUUGCAAAAUCUACCCCAUCUAUCUUUGUCUUGAUGUUGGUAUUUAUCCUGGUCAGCAGCUCGAUUUUACCACGAACGAACGUCGAGCGAGCCCUAUCCCCGCCGCCCCCUCCCGUC